UUCAAAACAGUCACAGCCCGAAAGGAAGUCAAAAGAACCAGCUAAACAAUUACCUAAAAUCAUCAUCGACCAGCUAAUGAGAUAUUAUUAGCAACUAAAUUUUACAAAGAUUCGAAUUGGACUACAUUAACACAUACUAAAUUUGGAAAAGAAUGACUACUCUUAAUUAGUUAACACUCCUUCAUCAUCAUAUAAAAAUGGAUCAAAACCGCAGAAUCUCUAGCAAGCGCAGGCCUUCAUUUCUCUGGUUUGCUUCACAAUGGGAUCUUUUGGCCUCCAAGCUACAAAGAUCCCUGAGCCUGAAAUACUCGAGAACCCGAACGCGGACGAUGAGGAGGUCUCGCCUAUCGAGCAGGUCAGGCUCGUCGUCCUCAACACCGACGAUCCUACCCUGCCGGUAUGGACCUUCCGGAUGUGGUUCCUGGGGCUGCUCUCGUGCUGCCUCCUCUCAUUCCUCAACCAGUUCUUUGCGUACCGGGCCCAGUCCCUGGUGAUCACCCAGAUCACGAUCCAGGUGGCCACCCUCCCCAUCGGACGGUUCAUGGCAGCAGUCCUCCCCACCACCAAGUUCCGGCUCCCCGGGUUUGGGGACAGGGGAGAAUUCUCGUUCAACCCCGGUCCAUUCAACAUGAAGGAGCAUGUCCUCAUCUCGAUCUUCGCUAAUGCUGGGGCCGCGUUCGGAUCUGGGUCGGCUUAUGCCGUCAGUAUCGUGAAUAUCAUCAAAGCUUUCUACGGCAGGAGCAUCUCCUUCUUUGCUGGCUGGCUUCUUAUAAUAACUACUCAGGUAUUGGGGUACGGAUGGGCAGGGCUGCUUAGGAAGUAUGUCGUGGAGCCGGCACACAUGUGGUGGCCCAGCACCCUUGUUCAGGUCUCCUUGUUCCGAGCACUGCAUGAGAAAGAUGACGAGGAAAAAAUGUCGCGAGCAAAGUUCUUCGUGAUUGCCUUAUCAUGCAGCUUCUUAUGGUAUAUUGUCCCGGGCUACCUCUUCACGACGCUCACAACCAUCUCAUGGGUCUGUUGGGUGUUCUCGAAGUCAGUCACAGCCCAGCAACUGGGUUCGGGAACGCAUGGCCUCGGUCUGGGAGCCUUAACCCUGGACUGGUCUGCAGUGGCAUCCUUCCUGUCCAGCCCGCUCAUAAGCCCGUUCUUCGCCAUACUGAAUGUUUUUGUGGGGUAUGCACUGCUAAUCUGGGUGGUGAUGCCCGCAAUGUACUGGGGAUUCAACCUUUAUAGUGCGAACAAGUUCCCGAUCUUCUCGUCGCACUUGUUCACUUCCCAAGGUCAGAUCUACAACAUAUCGCAAAUUGUGAACGAUAACUUCGAGCUAGAUAUGCUUGCAUAUGAGCAGCAAGGAAGGAUCCACUUGAGCAUGUUCUUUGCUGUCACUUACGGCUUGGGGUUUGCCACAAUUGCAUCUACACUGACUCACGUAGGAUUAUUCUACGGAAGAGAGAUCUAUGAGAGGUAUAAGGCUUCUCACGACGGAAAGGAGGAUAUUCACACCCGUCUCAUGAAGAGAUACAAGGACAUACCUUCAUGGUGGUUCUAUUUGCUGCUCAUUGUGACUGUUUUAGUAUCUCUUGCAAUGUGCAUCUUCAUGAAUGAUCAGAUCCAAAUGCCGUGGUGGGGCCUCAUCUUUGCUAGCGCCCUCGCGUUCGUUUUCACCCUCCCAAUCAGUAUCAUUACUGCCACCACGAAUCAGACACCAGGGCUAAACAUUAUUACGGAGUACGUAAUGGGUAUAAUUUACCCAGGAAGACCGAUAGCUAAUGUUUGUUUUAAAACUUAUGGCUACAUGAGCAUGGCUCAGGCAGUUUCGUUCCUCAAUGAUUUCAAGCUCGGACAUUACAUGAAGAUACCUCCACGAUCUAUGUUCCUAGUUCAGUUCAUUGGGACAGUUCUUGCGGGAACCAUCAACAUUGCAGUGGCGUGGUGGUUGCUGACGUCUAUCAACAACAUAUGCCAAGACCAACUCCUCCCUUCAGGCAGCCCUUGGACGUGCCCUGGCGACCGAGUCUUCUUUGAUGCGUCGGUGAUAUGGGGUUUGGUGGGGCCCAGACGGAUCUUUGGAUCAGAUGGGAAUUACUCGGCCAUGAACUGGUUCUUCCUGGGCGGAGCAGCAGGGCCUGUUGUUGUGUGGUUGCUUCACCGGGCAUUUCCCAAGCAAACUUGGAUCCCGCUAAUCAAUCUCCCAGUCUUACUGGGUGCGACAGGAAGCAUGCCACCAGCAACCCCUUUGAACUACAACUCAUGGGUCAUAGUUGGGACGAUCUUCAACUUCUUCAUAUUCCGGUACCGGAAGAAGUGGUGGCAGAGGUACAAUUAUGUCCUCUCAGCAGCUCUCGAUGCUGGGGUUGCGUUCAUGGGAGUGCUUAUUUUCUUCACACUCGGGAUAACGAAUACGAGUGUGGACUGGUGGGGAACACAGGGAGAGCACUGUGACUUAGCAACUUGUCCGACAGCCAAAGGCAUAGUUGCUGAUGGCUGCCCGAUCAACUAAAUAGCUCGAAGCAUGUAAAUACUUUCUGUCCUUAUUCUUUCUGCAUCCUGAAUUCAGUUUCAUCAAUGUAAGUAGCUUCCUAAAGAACUGAUUAUGAGUACUUUCAUACCAUUAUAUGCU